AGGGCGCCAGCUUCAACAGAGCGGCGUGCCUGGCGCGGAAGGAGUCGUUCGACCACUACUGCGGGGUGCGGACCGCGGUGAUGGCGUGGGUGGCCCCUGCGCGGCCCGCGGAGCCCACCGAGCCCGGCUGCUACGUGUGGCACCCGAGCGGCUGCCCGCGGAAGCCGAGCGUCAAGGUGGACACGGAGUGGGCCCACGACAUCUGGGGGGAGAACAACAGAGGCGCCGGCAGCUCCGAGCAGACGUGCGCGAGCCGGAAGUCCCAGUACGACAGCUUCUGCGGCACGUCGGACGUGGAGAUGCUCUUCGUCGGCCCGGCGGGAGGCGCUGGGCCGCCCGGCCGCCGCGUCGGCUACCUGCGCUGAGGGGCCGCGGGAAGAGCGCCGCGGGGCGCCGAAGGGGGGG